AUGCCACAUGCCGUCUCUAUGGCCGCACCGGGCUUACAGGCCCUAAUCCUGUGCGGUCCGGGGUCAAGCUUCCCAACCUUUACCGCCAACCCUGACGAGAACCCUAAGGCCCUUUUGCCAAUCGCCAACAGGCCUAUGGUCUGGUAUCCCAUAGAUUUCUGCUACCGCACGGGAAUUACAAGUAUUACACUUAUAUGUCCGCCUUCGGCAGCCGAGGCAAUCACCACUGCCUUGAACACCAAUCCUUUCCUCACCAGCUUGCCACAUCCACGGCCGGAUAUGCUCGCGCCUGAGGGCCUCGACCAAAACACAGGCACAGCGGAGAUCCUCCGGCUCCCCGAGGUCAGGUCAAUAGUGACUUCCGACUUCGUAGUUCUGCCUUGUGAUCUGGUCUGCGAGCUUGGCGGGGAAAGGCUUUUGCAGGCAUGGAUGGUCAAGUCAGCCAGCCUGGCAGAUCUCCUGGGAGACUCUGCUGGUCCCAGCAGCGGUGGUCUUGGGGUGUGGUACGAAACCAAGACGGAGACUCCUAUCAAGGGAGAGGAGACCGACUUCAUUGCGACUGUCCCUUUGACACAUGCGUCUCUGCCGCCGCGGAAAGGGUCACUACUGCCGAGUAUCUCAAAACUCGUGUACUCACUACCCACAGACUCCUUGAACGAUUUGACGGAAGAGCGUAAGGGGUUUCCACUCAGGCAUGGCCUUUUGCGAAGGCAUCCCCGCAUUCGCAUGCUAGCCACCCAUCGCGAUGCGCACAUCUACAUAUUCCCACAGUGGGUCAUGAAGUUCGUAAGCGAGAACGACCACCUAGAGAGCAUCGGCGAGGACGUUAUCGGGUGGUGGGCGAAGGCAGGAUGGCAGACUGGCUUAUCUGAGAAGCUGGGAAUGAACAAGAUUUUCGGGCGAGUUGAACAGAAGGAAGAGACAGGAUCUUCAGAGGACGACGGGGAGUCGCCCGACGACGACGACCCCGAGGAGCUCAGAGUUCGCUCGUCAAAUCUAACGACAUCCGGAAAUGGUCAGGCGGCAAAAGGAGACAACCACACAACAGAGAGCGAACGAGAGACGGUGCCCCCGAUGCUAGCGUAUAUCCAUCCUUCUCAGCCAACAGCGCCGUUGAUAAGGCGAGUGGAUACGGCAAGACUACUGUUGGCGAUCUCGCUCCAGCUGGCCAAGCUUCCAUCCGUUGAAGAGGUCGGUCCCGAGGAAGCUUCUCCUUUCGCACAUCCCCGGAAAGUGGCGUACCCAGAAGGCGUCAAACCCCGCACGACCAUUACAAAACAGGAUAGCUUGGUGGCCGAAAAUGUGACGGUGCAGGAGAAAACGUCUAUCAAGGAGUCUGUCGUCGGGGCCAACUGCCAGAUCAACGAGGGCGCGAAGCUGCAACAAUGCCUGCUGAUGGAGGGUGUUGUCGUUGGCAAGAAUUGCAAACUAACAAGGUGUAUCCUGGGCAAGAGGAGCGAGAUUGGGGAUGGGUCAAUCCUGACAGACUGUGAGGUCCAGGAGAACCUCCUCGUGGAGCCGAAGACCGAGGAGAAAGAUGCGAAACUCAUGAGCUCCGAGGGCCUCGAGGCUACCGAGGAAGAGAUGCAGGAGGUUUUCCAAGAUCUGGAUGACAGUGGUCAAGAGGAAGCAAUCGUAUAA